GUCAGCAAGGCGCCCGCCAAGGCGGCGCUCGCGCCGACGGAGCACGACGUGCCGGCGGUCAUCGUCGGGUCCGGGCGCAUCGGGUCCAUGCUCAAGUCCGACGGCGACGCGGUGAUGACGUCGAGCAGCGGCUGGCCCGCCGACGCGCCGGAGAGCGGGCCCAUCUACGUCUGCACGCGCAACGACGCGCUCGCGUCGGUCGUCGCGGCGGUGCCCGAGGACCGGCGCGCGGACCUGUGCUUCCUCCAGAACGGCAUGCUCGGCCCCUUCCUCGAAGGCCAGGGCCUCGGCGACGCGACGCAGGUCCUCGUCUACCUCGCGGUCGCCAAACUCGGCGAGACGCCCACGGACGGCGUCACGGACGCGAACCCCGAGGGGUUGACGGCGGCGACGGGCAAGUGGGCCGACGCCUUCGCGAGCCGCCUCGCGCUCAAGGAGCUGACGUGCCACGUCAAGGAGGGCGACGCCUUCGCGGUCGCCAUGCUCGAGAAGCACGUCUGGAUCUGCGCGUUCAUGCUCGUGGGCGCGACGCACGGCUGCAGCGUCGGCGACGUCGAGCGGAAGCACGCGGCGGAGUUCGACGCCCUGGCGGCGGAGCUCCUCGACGCCGGGGCCGAGGCGCUGGGCGUGGCCGUGCCCGCCGGCGCGCCGGAGCGGCUGAAGGCGUACGCGCGGACCGUCGCGCACUUCCCGACGGCAGUGAAGGAGUUCGAGUGGCGCAACGGCUGGUUCUACAAGAUCACGAACGACGCCGUCGCCGCGGGCAAGGAGGACCCCAUGCCCCUCCACACGCAGAAGCUCUACGACCUCGAGCUCCCGCUGCCCGUCGCGUGGAUGGCGCGGUAG